UACCGCUGGAAAUUUUAUCAAUACCGCGGCCGUGUAGUCGGUGACAGUCGCUCGUGAAAAGUACGCGGUGAUCUGACGAGGUUGGCAAGUCAGCGGAUAGCUCUAGUUCAAGAAACCAACAGCGACCGACGAACAACAUGGCCACCGAAGGCGGUUUAGCACCGGAUGCUGCUGCGGGUGCAGGUGCAGGUGCGGGUUCCGAUGGAAUCGUCGGAGGUCCCAGGACACCUCAGCAGAUCGCCUCGCAGAAACGAUUGCAGGCGACGCAGGCGCAGGUGGACGAGGUCGUCGACAUUAUGAAAACGAAUGUUGAAAAAGUGUUGGAACGUGAUCAAAAGCUGUCUGAGCUCGAUGAUCGAGCAGGUAAGAUCCAAACUCUAUCUCUCCCUUAUUUCUUACCUGUUAAAUUCAUUUCUUAAUAACAGAGAAUGCGGUAGAAUGCUCUCCGUUCGUUGAUAUGAAGUUCCAGUUAAUGACUGAUUGAAUUUUCCAAUCAUCCGAAGAACAGCUUACUAGACAGACUUUUCACAUUUCGAAUUUUAAAGGGACGGAAUCUUUUGCUAUCCAGUAAAUAAGAGUUCGAAUCUUAGACAGGUUAACAGAUAGACUUUUUAUACUUUGUAUUUUUAUAAAUGUAACUAAGAGGAUAAAAUUUAAAUAAACAUUAUAAGAAAUACCUUGGGUAUUUUAUAUGCAUUUAUCUGCAUCUUUAAAUCACAUAUCUAAGUGCACAAAAAUUCACGAUUAUACAAGGCAGCUUGUUAAGUACAGAUAAAUGAAAAAUAAAUUGCACUUUAAAAAAAGAAAAAAAAAAAAAAAACGAGAGGCAGGAGACACUUUAUACUCGCGUGAAAAUUUAAAAAGUUUAAAUAUCGAGUGACGGCGGACCAUGAAAGAGGAAAACAAGGAACGGUGACUAAACGAGAGACACGUGACGUCCUCUGUGUCUGCAGUUCGCGUUUUAUACCUAGAUGCAUCGUUGCCGAUAUACAACGAAAGUUUUCACAGGAGGAAUGUCAUAAUGGUUAAAUGGGGAAAGUAGGAAUACACGUAGCACGAUUACGAGCGUACAAAGCGACGGAUUAAACCGAAGGACGAGUUGUUCGCUACGUUUGCUCGAAGGAUAUUCUCUCCAUUCAUUCUCGUCGCGACAUUAAAGUAGUUCGACCCUGCGCGUCUCACUCUACGUUGAUAUCGAUUACUGUAACGCUCUCGAAUCGAUGCCGUGUCACGGGGCUGACCAUCGUCGAUCUUUUUCACUUUUUGCACGCAGCUUGAUCGUUAGCUGAACUUUUCACUGGUCUUGCACGACUUUUUGAAUAAUUCAAAGAUGAUGUUAGAAAGUUGGAGAAUUACUUGGAAAUUCACUGAAUGUUUUACAAACACCUCUAUAACAUCCGUGUAACUUUGAAGUUAUAUAACGAUACGUCAAUGUCUUUUUACAUCUUUUUUAGCGUCAUAUGCAUAUAUCUUUUAUUAGUUAUUAUCUCUGUAUGUAUUUUAUUAUUUAUACGUAAUUUAUUUUAACAAUUAUAAAUUCAUUGUUAGUGGAGAUUCACAUUUGGUUUCAAGUUAUAUAAAUCUUUUUAUACCCGCAAAAAUAUCCACGAGAGAAAUCGAAUAUUUACUUUGCUUCGAGAAAAAAUAUUUAGUAGAAAAGAAGAUUUUAUACCUUUUUAUAUAAGAAAAUAGAAAUGAAAUUUCUCAUGAUACAAAAGACAGAUAUUUCUCGUAAUAUAGAUUACUAGUAUUAACGAUACUUUAAGUAUUUUUAAAUCCUAUAUUUUGAUAUUCUAUAUUAUCAACAAAGAAAUAUAGUUUCUUUAAAUUUCAGUAAUUUUCAUAAAAGUUCGACGUCCGUGGCUCUUCACAUUCAAACAAUUUCCUGCCAACACUUACGAGGAUUUCACGAAUUUUUUACGAAAUUGAUUAUCCCAUAAAUAGCCGAAAUUUUCUGAAAGUUCACAAAACUCGUGUAAUUUCAUCGAAAUAAUUUGUUUUUUUUUAGACGCACUUCAGCAAGGAGCGUCACAGUUUGAACAACAAGCAGGAAAACUGAAGAGGAAGUUCUGGCUACAAAAUUUGAAGGUAACGAAUCCCCCGUUAUUAAUAUAAUCCUAUUGAGAUUUUCGUCAAAUUUAAUACCCCAUUUCUGUUACCUUAUUUCUAGAUGAUGAUCAUCAUGGGCGUCAUCGCACUAAUCGUAUUGGCCAUCAUUGUUGGUAAGUAACUAGAUUCAUAGAUGCACUUAUUGAAGCUAAUGACACUGCCAUUGUAACUGUCUAAAUGUUCUAUGUCAUACGAUCGAUGUGUCUCGCCACGAUCUAUAACGACUAAUUCGGCAUUUAUUAAAAAAUGAUACUUGAAAUAUUUUUAAUAUUAAUGUCAUUUGUACUAAUAUCAAUAAUAAUUACCAAUAUUUACGAAAAAUAUCUACCAAUAUUAACAUUAUUACAAGAACAAUUUUCUUUAAUAUUUGGAUGUUAAUUUGGUAAUUCUUUAAUAUUUGGAUUGGUGUAAUUAAUCAUCGGACAUUUGUUGUCAGAGUGAAUUUUGGAUUUUUUAAAUUUUAUCUUAUUUUAUUAUUAAUCUUUAACAGAGAGAAAAAUACAAAGUAAAAUCAAUUACCUAAAAGUU